AUUGAAAUAUCGGAAUCGGAAAUAUCUGUUCUUGAUCUCGGUUUUACAGAGCCCGCGCACUGGAAAGACUAUUCUUUCCUUCGAUUUGCGGAAUUUUAGGCUUUUCGAUGAGCGAAAUGGCGAAUCUGAGUACACAUGUUCUGAAAGACCGAUAGAGGCGUUUUUCUGUUCCGUUAUUGCAUUUUUGGAGAAUGCGAAAAUCUGAAAGAUUUUCAGAGCUUUGAUCCAAAUCUUCUAUCUUUCCAUCUUUCGAGAGCCAUAAUAAACAUUAGAUAUCUCCUCAUCAAAAGCGCCAAAGAAAACGCAUUUUCUCCAGGUCGUAGAUUUCUCGCGGGUCUGUCAGAUUUGAGCAACCUGUAGAGAAAGCAGAGCAGCUAAAGAUAGAAUUUUCGGAAACGUGUUAUUAAAAAUUUCUCUCGCCGUCCGGAAUCUCGUUUUCAGAGAGCCAGACCUUUCCGAUUUCUGGUCGGAAGCGUCAGAUUCCCAAGGAGCUGGAGGUCUAAUUCGGCCGUCUUCAUUUUUAGAUAUUCGUCUUGCUGAGAGAGAAUCUCGUUUUCAGGCUUAUUUAAAAAAAAGGAAGGAGAAGUUGGGAUGGAAAGGGGAGAGGUGAGGAACCAUCAGCAGCCGCAGCAGCGAGGCGUGGGGUGUAGAACGCACCUGGAGCCCGACCUUCUGUUGCAGUGGGGAAAUCGAAAGCGGUUGCGAUGCGUUAAAAUCCAGGUGAAAGACGAAGCCACAGAGAAGACAACGGUCCGAGUCGACCGACGAGUCGUCCGACCCGACAACGUACCCAACACAAAUCCCCUCCCUCCACGCCCUUUACCUCAUCAUCGCGUCCUCAGGAAUUCGGAUGGAUCGGGUUGUGGGGCCAUGAAAGGGCAGAUCAACGGCGUCCAUACGUCUUCUCCGGAGGAGAGAGGAGGUGAGGCGGGGAAGGGGAACGGGGCGUCGGUGUCGUCGGAGACGGUGCAGGAUAAGAAGGGAGGCGGGUCAUCGUCCGGGAGCGACGCGCCGGUGUGGCCGAAAGUCACGAUAGCGCUGACGAACAAAGAGAAAGAGGAGGAUUUCAUGGUCUUCAAGGGAUCUAGGCUCCCUCAACGGCCCAAAAAGCGAGCCAAGUUCAUCCAGAGGACCCUCAAUUUGGUAAGCCCGGGUGCUUGGCUGUGCGACCUGACCUUAGACCGGUACGAGGUCCGGGAGAAGAAGAUCAUCAAGAAGAGACCUAGGGGGUUGAAGGCAAUGGGGAGUAUGGAAAGCGACUCGGAGUAGAUUAGAAAGGAGAGGAGGGUUAGAUUAUCCGCAACAAAUCCAAAGGGUGUAAGUUACGGAUGUAGGAUUGUUCAAAAGAGGAGCGAGGAGUUCUUUCAUUUGUAGUCCUGGAAAAAGCAAAAGAAUGGAAAUUGAGGUUAUUUCGCCACCCGUUCCACCUGAGUAAAGCGAUGAAUAGUCGUGUGCAUGGACCCAUGGUUUGGAAGUUUACAAUCUCGAAUCCCAUGUAUGGGGUGAUGGCCCUUACCUGGGAAGAUUGUGCUGACGAGAAAAGAUGCUUCGGAACGACAUGCAUGUAUGUGGGCUGUAUUACAGGAUUGGCGACAUCACCUGAUCAUCUAUCGUGUCCUCAAACAGAGGGCGAAAAGGUGCUGUGGAAAAAUGGUGGUUCAAUUCCAUGUCCUCACGAUCUUGGCUAUCCAAUUGGAAAUACAAGUGGAAAUGAAUUAUAAAUGAUACGGAUUAAAAAAACAUCCGUAGUUGGAGUGGCAGUGGCAACUACUGUUGCAGUAUUGUUUAUCAGUUUUAGAUGUUAGGGACAUUUAGAGUUUCAUCUCUUAUGAAACAUUUUUAUUCCAUUCAUUUUGCACAUGUUUGCUAAGUUGGUUUGCUCAAUAUGUGGGCCAACCCUUUUUU